ACAACCCGCGAGACUUUGGUGGGCGUGGACACAGAGGCGAGGGCUUCCUGCUCGGGUGGACACGUGGUUCCGUGUCUGCUUGUCUGUCAGUGUGUGAAGGUUUCCAGCCCUUCUGUCACUCCUCUCCCUUUCUAUCCUCCCACACAACACAGCCAACCUUCUCCUCUUCUUACUCCGUCCCACCCGCACCUCCACCUCCUGCUACACUUUCCGUCCUCUCUUUGCGACGCUUCCCGGGACUGCCGACAACCAGGCCGCGGUCACUUCAACGUGUAUCCGCUCAGAGAGAGAGAGGGAGAGAGGGAGGGAGAGUGUGUGUGAAAGUGUGUGUGUGUGUGUGUGAGAGAGAGAGAGAGUGUGAGUGAGUGAGUGCGUGUGCGCGCACCCGCCCGCAACCGGUCCAUCCGUGUUAUUUCUCCAACUAUCCCGCCUCGUUAUUCGGCCAUGACGCUGGAAGCGAUCCGCUACCGGGCCGGGUCUCUGCAGAUCCUCAACCAGCUGCUGCUGCCACACCAGACCGUUUACGACGAGAUCCGCUCGGUGCAGGACGCUUACGAGGCCAUCAAGUCCAUGAAGGUGCGGGGCGCCCCAGCCAUCGCCAUUGUCGGCUGCCUCAGCCUGGCUGUGGAGUUGCGGGCAGGCGCCGGGGGUGAUGACCCUGUGACCUUCAUCAGGGAGUCUCUGUGUCACCUGACGUCAGCCCGGCCCACCGCUGUCAACAUGGGCCGCGCCGCCCGCGAGCUGAUGGAGUUUGCUGAGAACGAGAGCAUGGAGAAGAACUCGGAGCAGCUCAGAGAAAGUGUAAUUGCCUGGAUCGAAGACAUGCUGGAGCGUGACGUCAAUGAUAACAAGAAGAUCGGUAACUAUGGCGCCCAGCACAUCCUGUCUGGCGUCCCGAGGGACUCUGUGACCAUCCUCACACACUGCAACACCGGCUCGCUGGCCACAGCUGGAUACGGAACCGCACUCGGUGUGGUGCGAAGCCUCCAAGCGCUCGGAAGGCUGAAGCGUGUGUACUGCACAGAGACGAGGCCGUACAACCAGGGAUCCAGACUGACGGCAUACGAGGCGGUAGCAGAGGGAAUCCCUGCUACACUUAUUGCAGACAGCAUGGCAGCCCUCACCAUGAGAGAAAUGGCCAUCACAGCUGUGGUGGUGGGUGCAGACAGGGUGGUUGCCAAUGGUGACACAGCCAACAAGGUGGGAACAUACCAGCUGGCCAUUGCCGCAAAGCACCAUGGGAUUCCCUUCUAUGUGGCCGCACCCAGCACGUCGUGCGACUUGAGCCUGGAGAGCGGCAGGGACAUCAUCAUCGAAGUGCGCCCCCCCGAGGAACUCACCAGUAUAAACGGAGUCCCCAUUGCUGCCCCGGGUAUCGAGGUGUGGAACCCAGCGUUCGACGUGACCCCUCACCAGCUCAUCACAGGAGGCAUCAUCACAGAGCUGGGAGUCUUCCUCCCCUCUGAGCUCCAGGCGGCGCUCACCGGCCGCCUCACUGCCCUCUAGAGCCACUCAGCCCCUCUUGCUGGUCCGUGUGCGCCACUGCACCUUAACGUCACACACUCAGAGACACUCAUUUCAUUACAGAACACACACACACACACAGUCAUAGUUGUGGUUUUAAUUACAUUUUGGUCAACGCAGUCACUGUCAGUGGUGCACACAGAAGAAAAAAUGCUCUUCAGUCUCUUAAUCACCCACACACAAAGUCACUGCAGGGAGUCAAGCAGACACACAUGUGCAGUCUCCCCUUUCUUUUAUGUCCUUCAUCGUUUUCUGUGGUCUCUCCGUUUCACCUUUUCCAUUCCGUCUUUCAUUCUCUCUUCCCGCUUCUUUCUAAAAGGCUUCUGCGACAAGGAAUAGCGCUCAGCUGGAUUCAAUCCCAUAAAUUCUAUUUGGCAAACAAUUUUUACAAGUCGUUACUGAGGUAAUUUUUCAGGGCUUCUUCAGCUGCAAACAAAAAAACUUCCAAAAAGUCUAAGUGGCAUGACAGAUUUUUUUAAUUUCAAAGUAGUUUUUUUUUUUUAUCAGCCAUGAUUUCUAAAAUGCUGCUACCCACUUGUAAAUAUACAUAUCCUUGCUGGUAGUGUGUACAUAUGUAGAAAACUAACCCCUGCUAGUAAACGGUACUGCUAUUUUAACCAAAUAUGUGGUUAUUUCAAAUUAAAGCUGACAUCAAAAAUGUUAUAUUAACAUUUAAUUUAGUUCAUUCUGCAUAGAAACCUUUUGUAGAGGAAUUAUCCAAUAGCUCAUAGAUUAUCACAACGAGAAAUCUUUAGUGAUGUGAAAAAUCGUAUAUCUCUCUCACUUUUUACCCUGUGCGGCAACAUUUUGAACAAGUGGAAUUUCUUGAUCGGCCCUCGUUAGUCAGCUGAAGCCUAUGACAAUACAUGGCUGUAUUUAUACCUCACUCCUUGUUUGCAUCUUGCUAUUCCCACUUGUACUGUAUCAUACCACACUUCUAAUCUAAUAUUGUACUUAUAUAUAUAUAUAACCAUACUUAUUUCAGCACCACACAAACAUUCACUGUACUGCACAGGACACUCUCUGUAAGAAUGAAAAAUCUAAAAAAUUGAAAUUGUCAUUUUUGCCAUAACAGCUUUUGCUGUGAGCUCAGAGGUCUGUUAUGCUGUUGUAUUUCUGUAAUACAGGCAUCACAUUAAAGGAAUAGUUCACCCCAAAAUGUAGUUUACUAAUGUUUGUGCAACCACAAAGUACCUAUGUAGCUUCUUCUUGUUCUUGUAAGUCAGGCUUAGCCCAAAAUAUUUUUAAAUAACAGGUCAAUGUUUUACAGCCUAGAAAAAUGUCCAAAAUAAGUCAAAUAAUAACUUAAUAUCUGUUUCCUAAAGCACUCUGCUUGCCACUGAAGGGGUGUGCUCAACUAGAUCUGCAUCAGAACAAUACAAGUAAAGCUAAAAACAGUAUUUUUAUAUUAACAAUGGGAAAAAAUUACUACAUUUAUGUGAAAGGUGUCGCUCAUAGAGACGGACCCACAGAGAACUAUCAACUCUUCAGUUCCUGUCAGCUAUAUGGAGUGUUUUAGCUUCUUUCAGCUCAUUGUUUUGGUUUUACAGCUCACAACUUUACUGUCUUGGUUCACUCUCACAGCUCUCAUCAACCUUUUUUUUUUGACACAAAAGGCAGGUGUUUUCAAUGAAAAAGCUGUGGUAUACCCACUGAACACUACCUCCAAACAGCAGACAGACAACGUAAGCAACGAGAUGUUGAACAUAGUGGAGCAUUUAGCAGCUAAAGCGCCAGAUAUUUCCCUCAGGAGUUGGUGGAGACCAAACAAGAGCUGAAUUGAGAGUAAAUAUUGGACUUAAAUUUGUCAGUUGGACACAAACAACAAACGACUCCAAAUGAAUGAUUAUGUUGCUCUGUAUCCACAGGAUCUGUAAAUAAGCAACUGUUUGCUAACAAGUCCGCCUUAACAACUUUAUAAGGUGGUAGUAUGUCAUAUAUUGUGUUAACAGGUUGUUGCACUGCCCCCAAGUGGCCAGAAAACAAAAUUAAUGCCAGUUUAAAGACCCAGUGUUGAUAUUAUGCAGGUGUUUAGAAGUUUUUAUUAUAUUUUACUGUAUAGGUUUGUAAAAAGAUAUUCGAAGUUAUUCAAAAGAAUAAGAGGGAAAUAUGAAGCCAACUAGUUUGGCCAUACACACUUGAGUUAAUCAAAAACUUGGGAGUGGGAGUGAGCAGUAGAUGACUUCAUGUCUCUAUUUUAGGGUGAACUAAUCCUUUACAAUUUUGGGGCACUUAUCCACACUGCAGUAUCUGUCUGCAGAAAGCUCUGCGACACAUAAUGUUAUACCACCAACAAUCCGAAUGUAAUAUUCAUCUCAGAUGUAACUGCUUUUGUUAGGGGUUGUGAUCAGGACAGACUUCAGACACUCAGUCACUUCUUGCCUUUGUGCUUUGUUCACAAUGUGUUUCGACUAUUUGGAUUCAUCCUUCCUUAUAAACUGAGAUGCUGUUUGACUCCAGUCUGACUUUCUGCCCACCAGACUAUGACAUGAGAUCAGGGCCAUGGCGGUUGAAGACAGGUAGACGUUAAGGACUACAUGAAGGGUUUUCUCCAUAGUCUUUGGCUGACAUUUCUAGCCCCAUGAGUUUGUCUCUUCUUGACCCUGACGAUGGGAGAACAGGAUUGUAGAGCAGAAAUUGUUGCAUUCAAUUUUCAGAAGCAGACUGAAUAAUCUAGUGCUGAAAUGAUGAGUCAGAUUAACUGAAAAAUAAUCAGCAACUAUUUUUAUAAUAAACGAAUCACUGAAGUUAUUUUUUAAGCAAAAAUGCAUAAAAAUGUCAGCUUCGCAAAUGUUUUGGACUAUUGGUCGGACAAAACAAGCUGUUUUGAAGAUGUCACCUUGAGCUCUGGGAAAUUGUGAACAUUCUUCACUAUUUUCAGAUCAAAAAUCUAAAAAUAAUUGACAUUAAUCAAUAAUGAAAAUAAUAAUAAAUUGCAGCCCUAUCCACAUCACGCGCCCUUAUUGACUCUAGUUUAAAAAUAACACUGCAGCAACCAGUUUUUUAAAACCUGACAGUGACCCAGUAUUUACCCAUAACUAGUAGACUGUUUUCGAAUGUUAAAACGCAGGUUGAACCCAUGUACAAUAUCCCAUGUCAUUCCCAGGUUUUGUGCGUGGAAGUUGUGUAACUGAGAUCCUGCAGUUUUGUCACCUGGUCAGUGAUCCUGCAAUGCGUUUGUUGUUUUAAGAGGCUCCAUAGAAAAGUCCCAGAUAUCUCAGUCUGUAUGGGACACACCUACUCGCUGUACUGAAUGUCACAGGGCCAGGCUCGGGGCCCACACUGCUCACUGCCUUACAGGUGCAGCACCAAUAUAGCUCACUGAUGUGAGCUGACAUCAUAACCGGACAGUUAGCAGCCCCUUCUGUCCUUCCUUCAUUCACCCUGGUUCAUAUCACGUAGCCAGACCGCCAUCUCGUCAAGCUCACAAUUAUCUGGGGAAAAUCGAAUUUAAAAACGUACGAUAACGAGACCCCUGAGGCAGCCAUUUGAAUUGAAUUGCCCUCAGAAACUACCACCGCACUACUACAGCACACUGUGUCUCCACCCUUUUGUAAAUGGGUGCAUUUACGAGCAUGAGUAUCAUGGUUAUAUCUUGUGCAUAUAAACGUCAUAUCCUGGUUUAGAUAAGCUAGAGUAUCCCAAUAGAAACCAGGAUCAUGUCACACACAAAAACACCUGAUCCAGGUUUCUGAUCAUUCUCUGCCAUGUGUGCAUGUGCGUCGUCAACUGAAGUUACAUAGUAGAUAGUCAGUAAAACAAAAAAUACAAUGUUUUUGACCAUUACUGGUGAUCAGAUGGAGAAGUUAAAUCCAACAAAGUGUUAAACACAGCAGAGUUUAGACAGCCAGAAACCAAACUGUCUUCAUCCUCAACUGCGCAUUCUUCUUCCUUGUCAAGACCUGACACCUACAGUACCCACAAUGCAACUCAACCGCAGACAGUCCGGAAGUGAGCGGCUGAGAUGUUGAGGAAUCAUGCAGAUGAUCCGAAACCUGGAUACUGUUAUGAUCGGGUAUACAGGGAUAUGUAUACAUCAUAUCCGGAAAAGGAUCCAUACCAAGAUGAGAAAACCGCAAUACUAAUGUGCAUGUAAACAUACUGACCGACUUUUGUGCUUGAAUUUCUCAGUGAGCUUGAUGAGACAGAGGUCAGAAGUCUGGCCACAUAAUACGCUGGUCUACCGUCUUAACACCCCUUCUGACCUCGCACACUGCCCUUGUGGACUUUAUCAUUCACUUCAUUCACUUAAACAGGUGACAAAUACACAACGUUACCUACUCUACAGGACCACUGAGAGGUCCAGAGAAAACGGCCUAAAAAAGCAUAAUGUCAAUAAUAAUAAUAAUAAUAAUAAUGAUAGCAGUAUCCAUAGUGUCAUUGUCCAUAUCUUUCUGUAAUAUAAGCUCACUUCUUCCUUCACUUUCAUCUUCCUCCUCCCGUUCGUCCUCUGUGUACCCAUCAAACUUCAAUUCACAAAGAUGCUGUUAGGUUACACACGAGCAUAAAAGACACUUGUGUAUUUGAAUUUUCUUUCUUUUGUUUUGUACAGUUUAAGACGUCACAUGUUUGGGGGCAAAUUUUCACAAUGUUCCAGACAUAUGUAGCAACUUUGUGGCCAUCAGACCCGCCACGUAUUAUUUCUUUUUAAAUCUUUAAGAGGGUACGAGAUUUUUGUUUGUCCGUCCAUGAUUAUAACUGUUUGGCUGUGGUUUGUUGUUUUAUUUCAUGACAUUGUGAUUCCUAGUGACUAGGCCAUUAGUACACCACACUGGGGAGGCCUCCUCAACCAUACACACUACCUCUCCGUCUGCCUACACGGACUCAAACACUGAAAUGCAUGAACACAAGCACUUGACGUGCCAGGCUGCAGCAGAGCAGAUUGACAGAUUGCAGAUCAAAUCUGGACUAAAAUUCUCCAUGUCUCACUAAUGUUUGUAUCUUGAACCCAAAGUGACAAAUAAUUUGUGGCGGUGCUUUUAGUUUGCCAAAGUAGCCUAGAUUCCGGCUAGUGUGUUAUGUUGGGUUGCAGCAUUAAGAUGUGUUUUUUACAUCAUGCUUUUGGAGCAGCAGUAAUAUAGUACUGUAUUUAAAAAGAUGUUCCACCAACCUCCGCCCAACACAUACCUAAUAAUCAGGUGCCAAAAUUCAGCGCUGCUUUCCACAUAUUUUCUGCAUUGAUUUGACUAAUCAAAGCAGGUGCUUGUGUAUUAUUCUCAAUGAUUAGUAUGGCCUGCAAUUACCAUGGAAGGAGUGUUGUUCAGAUGGCCUCUUUAAGUGCAAGUAUGUUAUUGUUGUUAUUGAUAAUCACUUGAUCUGGGUUUAUUUUGUAACAUGUGGAAAUAGUUCAAAACUGGAUUUUUUUUAUAUAUACGUAUAUGAAUAUAAUGCUGUAAAGUGCAGUCAUGAAUUAAGAGUUUUCUCUUUCACAUCAAUACAGUAAAAAGAAUAAAACCACA